CACAACUUCGUGCGGUUCGUGAUUUUCAACGUCUCGAGUUCUCGAUGUCGCGACGACGUUCGCGUGAUGAGACAAAUAAGAUUUUUAAGCUAUUUAAUAUUUUGCAGCGAUUGUAGCGUUUAAAAAAUUAUAUAUUUCUUGCAAAUCGGCAGAGUAAAUGCUUAAUAUUAGUGGACGAUAGUGAUAAGUGCCAGUAAUACGCGUGCGUGUGACGAACUGACAAAUGAAAAGGUGGACGACGUUGCGUUAGAUAAACGAAGAAAAAAAAAUUCCAUUUUAAAUGAAAAUGUGCGACAGAAAAAUUUGCUAUAGCCAUUGGCAUUGAGUGAGACAACGAGCGCGGUGCGGAGCGGUGCGGAACGGUGCUAAAAUAGUGAGCCAAAGAAGCGCACAUGUAAGAAGGCAAAGCAAUGCUAAAAAGCCAGGCAAAGGUAUGCGACGGUGCUGACAGCUAAAACAAAAGUGAAAAAACGGCGAAAGAAAAAAAUUUGCUAUCAGCCGUCAGAAGCACAGGCAGCAAGUGUGGCGUGAGGGUGAUCAGCACUCAGUCAACCACCCAACCAAACGUAGUGACGAUAAUAAUUGAUUAGAUAAAUUCGCAAAAUAAAAGAAAAAUUAUUUUACGAAACUACCCAGAUGUGAAAGCAGAAAGCGCGAGGGAAGGCAGCAUAAAAAGCAGCGUAGAAAAAAAGCAAUAAGUCGGCGAGUGAGGGCCUUAUGUAACCUUUUUACCAUUAAGCAGUGAAGUGAAUCAACACAAGUGAGGAACAUUGCAAUACAACUUUGAUAUCCCUAAACAAUACCCUAAAACGAUAGCCUAAAACAAUAAAGAAAACACAAUAACAGGAAAACAAAACAAAAAUAAUAUUCUCCAAGUAGUGACUAGUGAUAACGAAAAAUGCUCCAACGGCUAUGAUUGCCACACUAUUCAUCUUCUUUGCAUUUAUACGUGCGUUUCCCUGGCGGAGACGCCGACCACGUCCAAUAAUACUCCCACCAGCUGCAACGCCGCAAUCGCCAGUCCCUUUGCAAUCAACGGCAACCAGCCCAACACAAUCCCACCCAUCAGCAGCAACAACAAGUGUGCCAACAACAACACCUCCACCAAACGAAUACAGUGCAAAAUCAUCGACGUUAACAACGCUCACGAACGGUACUGCAGUGGCGAAUGAACAGCAUGAACACAGCACAAUCAUCAGCAACCAAACCUACGAUGCUGCAAAAACGGUAGCAGUCGCUGAUGACUUGGAGGAGACACCGCGGCGCUCUUCCGUUCAGCAGGCGCGUCGCAAAUCCUCCAAGUCAAUAAAAUAUCACGAAGUUACGUUUAGUGGUAGUGUCGGUGGCGGCGAAAGCGAUGAUAACGAACAUGAAACACCGCAUACUACGCGACGCAGUUCGUCGCACCACAAACCGCAUCAUCAGCUACACCAGCAGCACCAUCAUCACCACCAACAACAACAGCAACAACAACGCCAACAACAUUUGUUGCAACAUCAACAAACUCUAAGCGCCGCAUCACGUCCCACCUCACCGGAUAGUCAUAGCUCUGCGUCACACUAUCGUUCGCUCAGCAGCGGUCAUAGUGGGCGCACGAGAAACUCCACCGAUUACGAAACUGCCAGCAGUGAGUUGUACAAUAGCGCCAAGUCGCAUGUGGAUGCAACGGCGGAAGGUGCGGAUGACGGUGAUAUUGGUGGCGGUGGUGUUAGUGGCACGAAUGGCCAAGUGCAUAGUUCCAUCGCCAUCGUCACACGCAGCAUUGCUGGCGGACGACGUUUUCCACCGCGACGCGCCGCUACAGUUGCCACCGAUACGCUGGGCACUGACGACGAAGGCGCCGGCACUGAUGCGCACUAUGAAGACGCCGAAGAGGCGGCCGAUGAUGAUCGCGAUCCGGAUUCGUAUGAUCGUGAAACAGAGGAGUUCUAUAGUAAUAUACAGGAUGCUGUGGGUCCGCCGGGUACGCGCAGUAAACGCUCAUCACUUUUCUCGCGCUCCGAUUCUUCGGCUACGACGACUUCAUCGAGCGGCGGUGGCACUUUCAUGGGCGGUAAGCGACGUUCGACCGCAUCGAUUAUUUCGUCGUCCAUGUGCUCCGACGUUAUACCAAUCGAUCGGCGCAGCUCAACGGCCACCGAGUAUAGUGUACGUUCGGCGUCGGGUCAACGGCGCUCGAGUGGGCGUAUACGCCGUUACAUAUCACGCAUGACGAUAGCGGGCGCGCGACGACGCACAACUGGCAGCUUCGAUGUAGAAAAUGGCCAAGGCGCAAGAUCUCCGCUUGAAGGCGGCUCACCGAGCGCUGGUUUGGUAUUACAAAAUCUUCCACAACGUCGCGAAUCGUUCUUGUAUCGUUCGGAUUCGGACUUUGAAAUGUCACCGAAGUCGAUGUCUAGAAAUUCAAGCAUUGCAAGCGAAAGGUUUAAAGAGCAGGAGGCCUCUAUCCUGAUUGACCGAUCCCAUGGCGAGGAUCUUAUUGUAACACCAUUUGCCCAAAUUUUGGCCAGCUUACGCUCAGUGCGCAAUAAUCUUUUAAGUCUGACAAAUGUGCAAGCAUCUAAUAAAUCCAGGCGCCCAACACAAUCGUCCAGCGUGGGACGUGCAGCAGCCGCUGCCGGCGUUCAAUUGGUUCAGGGCGAUGAAUCCUACACCCGCUUGGCCACAGACACAAUCGAGGAGUUGGACUGGUGUUUGGAUCAGCUGGAGACCAUACAGACACAUCGCAGUGUAUCGGACAUGGCAUCGCUCAAGUUCAAGCGUAUGCUCAAUAAAGAAUUAUCACACUUCAGCGAGUCGAGCAGAUCUGGCAAUCAAAUAUCAGAAUAUAUUUGUUCAACAUUUUUGGACAAACAACAAGAGUUGGAUUUACCCUCGAUGCGCGGCGACGACAACCCCGACCAACUCAGCAUGCUUACCCAGCAUCAGCGUUGCCGUUCGCCACGUGGUGGUCCGCCCAUGUCACAAAUAUCGGGCGUGAAACGACCACUCUCCCAUACGAACUCAUUCACCGGCGAACGACUGCCCACAUUCGGUGUGGAAACGGUGCACGAAAAUGCGCUCGGCACACUGCUCGGCGACAUCGAUACGUGGGGCAUUGACAUAUUCAAGCUUGGCGAUCUGAGUGCCAAUCGUCCGCUCACCUGUGUGGCAUACACCAUAUUUCAGAGUAGGGAAUUACUGACCAGUCUUAUGAUACCACCGAAAACUUUUAUUAAUUUUAUGACUACUCUGGAGGAUCAUUAUGUUAAAGACAAUCCGUUUCACAAUUCACUACAUGCGGCCGAUGUGACACAAAGUACAAAUGUACUGCUCAAUACACCAGCGCUGGAGGGCGUAUUCACAUCGUUAGAAGUGGGCGGAGCAUUGUUUGCUGCUUGUAUACACGAUGUUGAUCAUCCUGGUUUAACAAAUCAAUUUUUAGUUAAUUCAAGUUCCGAAUUAGCCUUAAUGUAUAAUGACGAAUCUGUUUUGGAAAAUCAUCAUUUAGCAGUUGCCUUUAAAUUAUUACAAAAUCAAGGAUGUGAUAUAUUCUGUAAUAUGCAAAAGAAACAACGCCAAACAUUAAGGAAGAUGGUUAUCGAUAUUGUUCUAUCAACGGACAUGUCUAAACACAUGAGCCUACUGGCCGAUUUAAAGACUAUGGUCGAGACGAAGAAGGUCGCCGGUUCCGGUGUGCUAUUGCUGGACAACUACACCGAUCGUAUACAGGUGCUCGAAAAUCUGGUACAUUGUGCCGAUUUGAGUAAUCCAACUAAACCGUUGCCAUUGUACAAACGCUGGGUCAGCCUACUCAUGGAGGAGUUCUUUUUGCAGGGCGAUAAAGAACGUGAAUCGGGCAUGGAUAUUAGUCCCAUGUGCGAUCGUCAUAAUUCAACAAUCGAAAAAUCGCAGGUCGGAUUUAUCGAUUAUAUUGUGCAUCCAUUGUGGGAGACAUGGGCCGAUCUGGUGCAUCCAGACGCACAGGAUAUACUUGAUACGCUUGAAGAGAAUAGAGACUAUUAUCAGAGCAUGAUACCACCAUCACCACCACCAUCGACGGCUGACGAUCAACCCUCCGACGAUAAGAUACGAUUUCAAGUGACACUUGAAGAAUCCGAUCAAGAGAAUUUAGCCGAACUGGAAGAAUGUGAUGAAAGUGAACACAAUAAGACGGAAGUAGCUGAGACGACGACGGCCAUGGGAGAGCAUAAACCGUCGGGGAGUGAAAAUCAAAGUCAUCACGGUGGAAUGUGACGGAGAGUAGCGGGACUAUGUAAGAAAAUCACCGAAAAGGCGCAAAAUUUUUUGCUAAUACGUUAGUUGCAACAACAACUACAAACAGCUAGUGAAAUAGACAAGAACAACAACAACUAAAAUGCCAAAAAAAAAACUACAACAAAAAAAUCAAAAAAAUAAUAAUUUACAAAAAUGCAAUUUUUUUGCAACAAAAAAAUAAAUAUUCAAAAAACUCACUCAACAAAAAACAAAAUAAAAUAGAAGAAAAGAAUGUUAACACUAAGGACAAAAUGUUUAAGGAAGGCAUGAAGAAUGGUGAAGAAAUUAUACAUAUACAAUAUAUAGAAAUUUCAUGGUGGCAUAACCAAGACAAAGAAGAAGAAUAGUUAGAAAAAGAAGAAAAACAAAAACAAGCAAAAAACAGAUAUGUAAAAGUAAAAAGCAAAGAGUCGUAAUAAGAAGAAGAAAAGGAAAGCAUAAUUUUACUUUAAACCUGAAAAAUUGCCAAGAAAACAUAGAAAGGAAAGAAAAACACACACACGCAUACAUACAUAUGUACAUACAUAAAUACAAACAAAUUCAGCACAAAUGUAUAACAACCAAUGAAACUACCACAAAGACAGGAAUGCAUGCAUACUUACAGAUACAAACAUAAACCUAAAUAUUUUUUUAACUAAUUUUUUAAGUUGAAAAAUCCAUUGCAGCAGAAUUUAUUUCAUUCAUUUACAAUCAAUCAAGCCAAACAUCUCAAUUGCAGUAUAGACAAAAUGGCAGCAACUUUCGUGCAGAUAUGACAGGCACAUGCCAUUAUGGCGACGGCAGACAAAGCAAUUAAACUACAUAAAUGUAAUAAACAACAACAAAAAGACGAAACGCAAGGUUGUAAUAGAAAACUUAAAUUUUUUUCAUGCUAAAAAUGGAAAAUUGUAAAACGUAGUGACGACUGGAAGCAGCCCUAAUAGCAAGCACUCUCCAACAGAACGCAUACCUUGUUUGACCUUCAAUUUCGAAUCCUUAAAACGCAACUACGCUUAAUAGUAACAUACAUAUGUAGAGAGAAUUAACAACAAAAUGAUUGCACAAUAAUAUUGAAAAGAAAAAAUGGCUGAAGUUUGGCAAAAAUUUGACUUGACUACAAAAAUUAAUGCUGACUACAUACAUACAUACGUAUUUUCAAAUGACUUGACGCAAGCCUAAAUAAUAUUGGCAAUAUUAUAAACUUAACGAUAGAUUUAAACGCGUAAAAAUGAACGAUUUGUUUAAAAAAAAAAAACUAUUUUAUGCUGCUCAAUAAGUUUUGAAUGAAUGAAAAGCUGCGUUGCGAAAGGAUUACGACAUCGAGAGACGUGAAACAAAAAAUUCAAAUACACUUUUAUAAAAUAAAUUUGAUAAACAAUUUUUAUUUUUAUUUUUUUAAGAAUGCAUUUUAGAAAAUUUAAAACUAUUAUUUAUUAAAUUUAUGAAAUCUUUAUACAUAUACUACCUACAUUGUGGUUUGCAUGUACACAAUUGUCAUUAGUAAGUUUUAAAAUUGUAAAAUUCAAUUCUUUUUUGUACCAAUUAUAUUUAUUUUAACACGCUGAAAUAAUGGAAAAUAGAAAUUGCAAAUUGAAACAUGAAAAAUGAAAGAAAAAAUCAAGAAAUACAGGAUACUGAGAAAACUAUCUAUAUGUACUCCUUUUUUAAGUACUGACAAUGUCGAGAAAUUUUAAAAUUUUCAGGACAAAAAUGCAAGCAACUUAAGUGCUUUGGCUUUGUAAAAUCAAAACAAAUUUAAAAAAGGCAAAGGUUAUUAAAAUACUACAAAUUUUUGAAACUUUGUUCAGUCUAUAAAUACUUCCUUAAAUCCUUCGUUAAGUAAUUUUCUUUAUGGAAAAAUCGCUUUUCUUCCAUUCUGGCUUAGCACUUCUGUUGAUGAAAUACACCUGCACAUUUUAAGCUUUGCAUUUGUAAUGUAUAGCUUUUGUAGAAUUUUCAAACGCGGUUGUACGUUACAAAUUUACAGAAAAAAAAACAAUAACAAGAGGUUUUUGAAAUCUGAUUUUUUUUGCACUAUUAAAGCUCAGGGCCGUUCAAUUCUUAAAGUUUUAAUAACUAUAACUAAUAUCAACAAGUUUAAACUCAAUUUUAAAAUUAUAAACAUCAAAAGCUCUUUUGUAAAUUAAAAGCUUUUCGAAAAAAUUUAAUAAACCCUUUUCGAAAGCGGAAAUUUUUCGCACUAUUAAAAUGUCCGCCUCUGAAUUUUUAAGGUUUUUAAAAUGGUAAUAAGUUUCACAUAAUUUAAGCUUAAUUUUGAGCUUUUAUAGAGUUUUCAGAAUUAUAAAAGGAUUGCAGUGACUGUUAACCUAGUCUUUGUUUAAGUUAGUUAAAUGUGAAGUCUGUGUAAAACUCCAAGUCCCUCCUCUUUGUAUGACAACAUCAAAGUGCACACCACAAAUCGGAGGAGAAGUUCGGCCAAGUACUAUCAAUGCAUGUAUGUAUGCGCCGAAUACGUAUUUGUUUUAAUUAAAAUAUAAAGUCCGAAAAGCUGUUUCGUAGCUCGAAAGUUUUCAAAAAAUGUUAAAAUAUACAUAUUAGUUUUUGAAAAGCCCUCCUAAGAAUUUAUAAUUUAAUUUCAGAAAUUACUUGCUCGUAUAUUAAAGCUCCCAAAAAGUUAAUGCUAAAAAAAUGCCAGAAUAUUUCGCUUUUAUAAACACAGGUUUUGAGAAAAUGUAAAAUGCCGCAGGCCUACACAUAAAAUAGAGAGCUUUUAUUCUGUGCAAGAAAGUGCAUCACUGAUAAUUGCAUAGACCAGUGUUGGCCAGCGAAAGCUUUUAUUUUGUGUCAGUCUAAUGGAAAUUAUACAGAGAACUUUUAAAAGGCUUGGCACGCGGGCCUUUGAAGUGGUACACUGUCGAACGAUUUGCGGAAUUCUCAGCAGUAGAACUUACACCGAAAAGCUGAGUAGAUCGGUAAAUUUGGAGUAAUUUCGAAGUUUAAAUUUUAUGAGAGUUUUAAAACUAAGAAGCCUACUUCAUAUAUACUUACCUAAAUGGAUACACGUGCAGAGCUUUUAUAUGCUUGUAUGCUUGCCAAAUAUUUUAAGAGGGACACGCUGCAAAAGCUUUCACUGGUCAUUUAAUAUUGGACGGAAAGAGCUUUCAUAACAUGUCCGUCCGUAUCAGUCACCAGUAAAACACAACCCGCGAGCUAAACUUUUUAAAGCUUUCUAUAGAUGUUGUUUUGGGAAGCGCAUGAAUAAAAAGUUUAUUUUCUACUUAGGAAAACACGAUAAGAAUUUUUUCUGGUCAUAUAUAUAGCAUUGGACAGAGAGUGCAUUUACCAAAACUUUUUGUAGACUUUUUAACGAAACGCACAUAGCAAAAGCUCUCUCUGGUCGUCUCAGGUCUACAUAAGAUCUAUCUAAAUUCUAGUACAUGCAGUGACCAGCUCUGAAAUAUCACUCCUAACGUCAGGAAGCAAUAUAAAAAGUUUUUUUUUUGUUGUAUUGAAAGCAGCGCAAAAUGGAGGAUCAUGUGUUAAGCUAAUGUUGUCAAAAUAACCCCCAUAACUUAUCCACACAAAUACAAAUACAUACACCCACACAAAAUCCUGAAACACUAGCUGUUAAAGAAUUGAAAACAAGAAGAAUAAAUUCAAAAAGAAUAAAAUUGCAAAAAAUGCAAAAAUGUGUGAAACAUAAACUUUACAGUUUUCCGUUUAGAAGCAAAAGCAAGACUAAAAGUCGCAUAGUGUUGAACUCGAAUUUACUAAGAAACGGGAAAGCUAAUGAUUUUUUAAGAAAAUAAAAAUUCAAAUUUACUAAGAAGAUGCGAAUAACAAAAAAAAAGGGAAAAGUGAACCCUACAGAAAUAAGGUAGCUAAAUGUGUAACUUAGAGGUUAUAAAUAAUAGCAGAUAUAAAAAAAUUUUAAUUAUUUAUAAAAAAAAACCAAUAAAUUUAAUAAAUAAACCCUGAGCAAGGCUAAUUAUUUAGUAAAUGUAAAAACAUUGUAAUAUAAAACUUAAAAAAUUAAUGGAACAGACAAAAAGUGUGAAAAAUCAAUUUAAAAAACAAAAACUGUGAGUGAAAUAAACACACUACGAGUGACAAGGAAAAAAAUAAUAAAUAAUUGAUUGCGUACGAACAUUUUGAAAGUAUAAUGUUUACAAAGAAAUCGCAAGCCUACACAUAGGCUGUGCGACAUGCGACGUGCUGGGAGAAAUUUAAAAUUGGCAUAGUAUGCCUGCAUGCUUUACUAGCGCAUACUUUUAGGCGCCCAUGCAAUUUCUUUGUGUUCGGCGCGUAAUCGAAAAUGGAAAAAAGAAACACCCACCUGCUAGGCGGUGUGUUGAAUUUGUAGCUUCCACACUUCCUUUCCACCUCAAAAACAUAAGUCUUCGCAUAUAUUUUUAAGUUGUAAGUUUUGAUUGCUACUAUGUGCUCAUCGUGUGUGUAGUAAAAAAUCAAAAGAGGAUAACUAUAAAAAGUAUUUCGAUGUGCAGAGAGUAAAGAUUUUAGUUUUAAAUCAAACUUGGCCGAAGAGUGCUUGUAAAUGAUGGAGUCGAAAUAAGUUUUUGCUAAUUUUACUAAAUUUAGCUGUGUAAAUUUUUUUACAAUAUUGUGCUUUGCGACUAAUAAAAAUAACGAAUUAUAGUUUAUCUUUUUUAAUUUCGUAUAAUAUUUUUUAACGCGUAAUUUUAUUAAAGCAAUUUAAAAAAAAAAAAGUUGACAAUAGUAAAUGUCCAAAAUGCGAAAAGUAUAUAAUUUUUUAACACUGUAUGCAUACAUUUGUGCAGUAAUAUUAUUGAACGGCCAAUAGGAAACGCGCGCAAAAUUAUACCCUCUGAAGGAAAUAAUACAAAUUGUGAAAAGUGCAGAGGAAUAUAGCAAAAAUCGAAAGAAAGUCGAUUUCGAAAGUAAUAGGCAGCACUUUUAGUUUUGUAAUUUCGCUUUUUUACCGUUAAUUGCAAGCGUCAUGGCUCGCACACAAAAUGCAACACUGCGCCGGUACAGUAAGAUGUACUGUUGCAUUUUGUUUGAUGGCGCCGCUUGAAAGCAACUAUGUUUUAAGCUAAAUUAACUCUUCUUUAUUCUUCGCCCACAUUUUUUAUUUUGCGUUGAUAAGCGUGUAAGUGCGCGUAUUUAUAAAAAAAAAAAACAAAUAUAUUAACGCUUUUAUGGUUCUUUGUCAUAUUAACACGUAAUUUUAAUUUUAAUUGUUUAAAUUUUAAUUUUUGUUGACAGGGCAGGAUCCCGCUCUUUAAUAUAUGUAUGUAUAUGUAUAAAUAAACAAAAAAUGAUUUGUUAAAAAUCGCAUAGAAUUAAAAUAAAUGAUUUGCUUGUUUAUAAACGCUUUGCGCGAGUUGUUUUAUCAAAUAUUUAUGUUUUAAAAAUUGAGUGAUCUAAGAAAUUUAUUUUGCUGUAGACAGCAAUAUGCCAACUUGCAAACGAAAAAAAAAAA